AUGGCUAAUCUAGUUGCACCACAGGCCCCGCCCCGAUGGAACCAUUCGCCCGAGGAGGUGCUUGCGCUGACGAAGGAGGCAAUUCAGAAGAACAAGGAGGUCAGCGACAAGGUCGGCGCGUUCAAGGAGAGCGAGUGCACGUUUGAGUCGCUCACCCUUGCGAACGCCGAGUCCGAAUUCGAGGCGAUCUCCGAGCCCCUAGCGUUCUACCAGAACGUUUCCACCUCCAAGGAGCUCCGCGACGCUUCCAACCAGGCCGAGAUCCUCUGCCGCGACUACGGUGUCGAGGAGUCCAUGCGUCUCGACGUCUUCCACGCCAAGACAAACGCGGAGAAGAACAUCAGGGACUCGGGGCGCUGGGAGAAGCUCAAUGAGGAGGAGCAGCGCCUCGUCGAGAAGAUGGUGCUCGACGGCAAGCGCGCGGGUCUUGCGCUGCCCGAAAAGGAGCGCGAGAAGCUGACGACGCUCAAGAAGGAGCUGUCCUCGGUGUGCGUCGAGUUCCAGAAAAACUUCAACGAGGAGAGCGGACAUAUCUCAUUGACACUCGAGGAGCUCGACGGCGUCCCGCAAGACGUCAUCUCCGGGUAUGACAAACGCGAGGAGAACGAAAAGACGCUUUACGACGUCAAGUUCAAGACACCUGACAUCUUCCCUGUCUUCAAAUUCGCGCACAACCCCGAGGUCCGCAAGCGCGCGAUUGAGGCCCACGAGGACCGACUCUCCAUGAACGUCCCCCUUCUCGACCGCGCUCUCGAGCUCCGUAGGGAGAUCGCAGGCUUGCUCGGAUACAAGACCUGGGCCGACUACGUUACCGAGCCGAAGAUGGUCAAGAGCGGCAAGAACGCUGAAGACUUCUUGGACGACCUCGAGACGAGGCUGCGCCCAGUUGGCGAGAAAGAACGCGAGACGCUGAUUCAACUUAAGAAGGAGGUUCACGAGAAGCGUGGGCUGCCGUUCGACGGCGAAUUCAACUUCUGGGACUAUCGGUACUACGACCGCGUCUAUAUCGAGAAGACGCUCGACCUUGACGACUCACUCGUCAAAGAAUACUUCCCCGUCGCCGUUGUCGUCCCAGCUAUCCUCGAAAUCUAUCAAAACCUUCUCGGCGUCCGCUUCGUCGAGGUGAAAGGAGACAAGAAGGAUGUCUGGCAUCCCGAGGUCCAGCAGUUUGCCGUCUGGGAGGCCAACGCAAAGGAUGGAUCGGGCUUCGUCGGCUACUGCUACCUCGAUCUCUUCCCUCGCGACGCUAAAUAUUCACACGCCGCCGUCUGGCCACUCCUCCCUGGUUACGCCGCCCCCGAGAAGCCGAACGGCCGUGCAUACCCGCUCGCGGCCAUGGUCGCCAACCUCGCGAAGCCGACGCCCGACCGGCCCGCGCUCAUGCGCCACGACGACGUGACGACGUUUUUCCACGAGAUGGGCCAUGUCUUCCACGGUCUGCUUUCGCGCGUUCAGUUCUCGCGCUUCCACGGCACGUCUGUCGCGCGCGAUUUCGUCGAGGCGCCGAGUCAGAUGCUCGAGAACUGGUGUUGGGAGCCCAAGGUGCUCGAGAAGAUGUCGAGCCACUAUGAGACGCAGAAGCCGCUGUCGCCUGAGCUGAUCGACAAGAUCAUCAGGAGCCGAUACGUCAACGUUGGCCUGUUUUACCUCCGUCAGGUGUUCUUCGCCAAGUACGAUCUCAAGGUCCACACGGACAAGGAUGCCGCCGACACCACACUCCUAUGGAACACGCUUCGCGAGAAGAUCUCGCUCGUCAAGGGUGGUGCAGUCAAGCCGGGUCAAGGUACUUUUGCUCAUAUCGUCGGUGGCUACGACGCUGGCUAUUAUGGCUACACGUACUCGCUGGUCUUUGCUGCUGACAUGUAUGCCACCGUCUUCAAGAAGGACCCACUGAGCCCGGCACUUGGACAGCAGUACCGUGACGAGAUCCUGCGCGUUGGAGGUAGUCGAGAGGAGCUCGAGUCGCUUGAGCACUUCUUGGGUCGCCCGCCAAACUCGGAGGCGUUCAUGGAGGAGAUUUUCGGGACGGAAAAGUCGAACUUGUAA